GCGCGGGGUUUAAACCGGCGGCGGUUGCCGGGCGGGUGUCUCGCUGCUCGGCCGGACGCGGUUCCCGUGCCAUGGAGUCCCGCGUCUACCGCAACGUUCAGCCCGGUGCCGUUAUUAACAUCCAGCGGAGCAGUGGCUUAAUCCAUAAGGCAACGGUGAAGGCGGUGAGCGUGGAGUACGCCUGUGUGAGCGUGGAGUGGUCUGAGAGCGGCGUCACUAAGGGCAAGGAGCUUGAUAUUAAAGACGUGAUUGCAAUAAAUCCUGAAUUAUUAGAACUACCUCCUGCGGAUGUGAAGGAGAAUGUUCCUUUGCAAGACAAUGUAACUUUACAGAAACAGAAGCGUAGAACAACCCUUUCAAAGAUUCCUGCUCCACGGGAAGCUGUCCAUGGCCGUUCCCGGAUGUCUGCUAUUGCAGAACCCCACUGCGGCUUCCAGGAAGAUGAGAUGGCAGUAGAUCCCUCCGCUUCUUUGCAAACCAGAAAAUAUUUGACAGUUAUUGCUGGCCGAACCAGGCCUAGUGAGCUGGAUUGUAUCCCAGAAGCUUCCCUGACAAGUGUUAAUGGUAAUACAGAGAAUUAUCUGCCUGCUGCUAGAACAAACUCUUCAGUGAGCCCAGUUCGAAGAAGAUCUAACAUUGUGAAAAAGAUGGAGAAAAUGAAAAACAAGAGAGAAGAAAAGAGAGCUCAAAUUAAUGAAAUCAGGAUAAAACGAGCACAGGAGUUUGACAGCACCUGUCCAAACUGGGAGUUUGCACGUAUGAUCAAGGCAUUCAGAGAAAAUUUAAACUACCAGCCAAUAUCUAUAAAUGAUCCAAUAGAAGAGCACAGGAUUUGUGUCUGUGUGAGAAAGCGCCCUCUCAAUAAGCAAGAACUUCAAAAAAAGGAAUGUGAUGUGGUUACUGUUCCAAGCAAGUGUGUCCUGAUGGUGCAUGAGCCAAAGCAGAAAGUAGACCUAACAAAAUACCUUGAAACCCAAACAUUUAGAUUUGACUUUUCAUUUGAUGAAACUGCUACGAAUGAAAUGGUAUACAGAUUCACUGCUAGACCUCUUGUAGAGACCAUCUUUGAGGGUGGGAGGGCGACAUGCUUUGCAUACGGCCAGACAGGAAGUGGCAAGACACAUACUAUGGGUGGUGAUUUGUCUGGGAGAAACCAGAAUGCCUCAAAGGGCAUAUAUGCUUUUGCCUCACAAGAUGUCUUCCUCCUCCUAAACCAGCCCAGGUACAGGAGUCAGAAUCUGGAAGUCUAUGUGACUUUCUUUGAAAUAUACAAUGGAAAAGUGUUUGAUCUCCUGAAUAAGAAGGCCAAACUUCGAGUCCUGGAGGAUGGCAAGCAACAGGUCCAGGUUGUUGGUCUCCAAGAAGAACCAGUUAGCUGUGCUGAGGAUGUCAUCAAAAUGAUCACGAUUGGCAGUGCCUGCAGGACAUCUGGGCAGACUUUUGCAAAUGCCAACUCUUCACGGUCACACGCCUGCUUCCAAAUCAUACUGCGCCGAAGAGGACAAAUGAUUGGCAAAUUUUCCUUGGUGGAUCUGGCAGGAAAUGAAAGGGGUGCAGACACAUCUAAUGCUGAUCGGCUGACGCGGAUGGAAGGUGCUGAAAUCAAUAAGAGCUUGCUGGCUUUGAAGGAGUGCAUUCGAGCUUUAGGGCAGAACAAGUCUCAUACCCCCUUUCGGGAGAGCAAGCUGACACAGGUGCUAAGAGACUCUUUCAUAGGAGCAAACUCCAGGACUUGCAUGAUAGCAAUGAUUUCUCCAGGCAUGAAUUCGUGUGAGUACACCUUAAACACACUGAGAUAUGCUGACAGAGUGAAAGAGCUCAGCCCUCAUGAUGGAGGUGGUGAAAAUCAGUGUCAGAUGGAGAAUGAGGAGGCUGAGACCAGCCCUGAAAGCUCAGGUCUUCAAUUCAAUUUUUCCAAAGAAGGGGAGGAAGAACUCUCUCCCUACAUGUUCAGCUAUCGAGAGGUUAUGACUCAAAUUAAUGAACAGGAGGAGAAGGUUGUGGAACAGCUCAGACAACUGAGACAGAAAAUAACUACUGAACUUGACUGCCUGUUGGAAAUCACAGAGAAACCAGAUUAUGAUCUUGAGACCUUUGUGAGAAGAGCUAAGUACUUCACAGAGGACAGCUCAAGAAAUUUCCUUAGUGUCAAAGAAACACUGGAUGCCCUGGGGACUGCCAUGCAACUGGAGGAGCAAGCCAGCAAACAGCUAAGCUUGCAGAGGCCUUAA